GCCGGGUCGCCAGCGCUCGGGUACGCCUCUGACUGCGGCGCGGCGGGGCGAUGUGUGAUUACCAUGGCGAGGAGUCUCUGUCCGGGGGCCUGGCUAAGGAAACCCUAUUACCUCCAGCCAUCUUCACAGCAUCUUCACCAGUAGAUUCCAUCUCAAGAAACCACUUUUUUUUUUUGCUCAUCCAUAAGAAGCAACUCCUUAUCCGUGAAAGUUUCAUCAUGAAUCAUGAGAUGCCUACAUCUUCAGGCACCACUUCUGAUUCUAGUCCUCUCACUGUUGCUACCGCCUCUGCAGUUCCUGCCUCCACUGGAGUCCUGAGCCCUCCAAGUCACCCAUGAGGGCUGGAAUCAACUUCUUCCAGACUCCUGUUCAUUUUGAUAUUUUGACCUCUUCCCAUGAAUCAUGAAUGUUCUUAAUGGCAUCUAGAACGGUGAAUCCUUUCCAGAAGGUUUUCAAUUGACUCUGCCCAGAUCCAUCAGAGGAAUCACUCUCUCUGGCAACUUAAUAUAGGUAGGUACAGUGGAGGCAGCCAAAAUGAGAGCUUGCUUAGACUGGUUCAUCACUGAUGCAUUUCUAAUUCAAACGGACCAUCUUUAAAAGCUCGCUUUUCAUAUGUGCGGAUGAAAUAUCUUUUCUUUUCCUGGUUGGUGGUUUUUGUUGGAAGCUGGAUUAUAUAUGUGCAAUACUCUACCUAUACAGAACUAUGCAGAGGGAAGGACUGUAAGAAAAUAAUAUGUGACAAGUACAAGACUGGAGUUAUUGAUGGGCCUGCAUGUAAUAGCCUUUGUGUUACAGAAACUCUAUACUUUGGGAAAUGCUUAUCCACCAAGCCCAACAAUCAGAUGUAUUUAGGGAUUUGGGGUAAUCUACCAGGUGUUGUGAAAUGUCAAAUGGAACAAGCACUUCAUCUUGAUUUUGGAACUGAAUUGGAACCAAGGAAAGAAAUAGUCCUAUUUGAUAAGCCAACAAGGGGAACUACUGUACAGAAAUUCAAAGAAAUGGUCUAUAGUCUCUUUAAAGCAAAGUUGGGUGACCAAGGAAAUCUCUCUGAACUGGUUAAUCUCAUCUUGACGGUGGCUGAUGGAGACAAAGAUGGCCAGGUUUCCUUGGGGGAAGCAAAGUCAGCAUGGGCACUUCUUCAACUAAAUGAAUUUCUUCUCAUGGUGAUACUUCAAGAUAAGGAGCAUACCCCCAAAUUAAUGGGAUUCUGUGGUGAUCUCUAUGUGAUGGAAAGUGUUGAAUAUACCUCUCUUUAUGGAAUAAGCCUUCCAUGGGUCAUUGAACUUUUUAUUCCAUCUGGGUUCAGAAGAAGCAUGGAUCAGUUGUUCACACCAUCAUGGCCUAGAAAGGCUAAAAUAGCCAUAGGACUUCUAGAAUUUGUGGAAGAUGUUUUCCACGGCCCCUAUGGAAACUUCCUCAUGUGUGAUAUUAGUGCCAAAAACCUAGGAUAUAAUGACAAGUAUGAUUUGAAAAUGGUGGACAUGAGAAAAAUUGUGCCAGAGACAAACCUGAAAGAAAUUAUAAAGGAUCGUCACUGUGAGUCUGAUUUGGACUGUGUUUAUGGCACGGAUUGUCGAACUAGCUGUGAUCAGAGUACAAUGAAGUGUACUUCAGAAGUGAUACAACCAAACCUAGCAAAAGCCUGUCAGUUACUCAAAGACUACCUACUGCGUGGUGCUCCAAGUGAAAUUCGUGAAGAAUUGGAAAAGCAACUUUAUUCUUGUAUUGCUCUCAAAGUCACAGCACAUCAAAUGGAAAUGGAACAUUCUUUGAUACUAAAUAACCUAAAAACAUUACUGUGGAAGAAAAUUUCCUAUACAAAUGACUCUUAGUUCAUUUGGACAUUGUGACCUAUAAUUAUAGGAAACUUAACAAUUCUAAGGAAAAUGUUUGAGCAUUUAAAAAAAAAAAAAAAGGCUUCUGAUUCAAAUCCCUGCCAGUUACACAAAACUUCUUCCCCCUGGUUUUAAGAAGCCAUCAUCUUAAGAUACAUGUUGAUUGCUGAAGUAAUGGCAGGAGGUAUAGGAUGAACAGGUCCAAAGAUUUCAUUCCUGCUGUUAGAAGCCCUGGUUGAUUUUCCAGUACAUUCACUGUGUAACUAUUUUGACUAAUGACCUAAAAUAAUGCUGUGAAAAGCCUCAUUCCAUAAACAUCAACAGUGAGAGUAUUUUGUAGAUGUUAGCCAAAAUACCAUUGCUGGAAACAUUGUUUGCAUUGAAGCUGCUGUUAAAAAAAUAAUUAUACAUUUACUAAAGUCUUAGCAUGGUAAAGUUCGCACAUUAACAGAAAUUAAGACUGUAAAGCAGGUAAAGUUACUCCUUUAUAAACAGAUGUUGGGUUAAUAGCAUGGUUUGUUGUAUUUAUAGACUUAAAACAUUUAGACAUCAUAUGGCUUCAGAAUGUUUUGAGUGGUUAUUAGCCUCGUAAUUGCCAAUUUUAAGAGGCUGAAACUGGAUGAGCUUUCAUCAUCCUAGAUUUGAUGGGUCCUUCUUAGUGUCAAUGAGCUGAGUCCUUUAAAACUGACAUUAAGGCCAUCAAACCCAACCCAGAUCCAUGCAUCUGAAUUUGAGCUAUGGGGAAGUGGGACAUUAGGAGCCAGACUCUGAAAUCAUGUAACUUUUUAAUAACAAUUUCCCAUUUUUGAACAGUAUUUCCUGUUGGCCAAAGGGCUAUUUAAGAGGCAUGUAGUUUUUUUUCAUGUAAACUUGAUAUGCAAGUUAGUAUUUGCCCUUUUAAUGUUAUUUUCAUGUUUAUUAAGAUCUGGCAUGUAUCUCUCAACAUCUCCAUAAAAUGGAACACCUUAUCUGAAGGAAGACUCAAUAUAUUCUGCUCAAAGUUUUCACCUGAGUAAAGUGAAUGUUAGUUAUGUGAACUUCAUUGGACAGCUUUCUCUCAAAAAUUAAAGCCAUUGAUUUAG